AUGGGUCUCUCAGGUCGUAAAAUCAAACAACGCAUCGGUCCAGACCCUAGAAACCUCACCUGGGCUGAUGAUGCGUCAAAAUUCGGUGCCAAUUACCUUGCUAAAUUCGGAUGGGACUCUUCCAAAGGCCUGGGCGUCGAGGGUCAAGGCCGUACGUCGCAUAUCAAGGUCUCCCAAAAACUGGAUAUGCUAGGUAUUGGCGCGGCCCAGUCUAAAGAUCCUAAUGGGAUUGCGUGGAAGCAGAGUAAAGACUUCGAGAGUUUGCUCAGACGGUUGAACGAAAGUAAUGCAGCUUCCUCUGAUUCUGGGGCUCAAGUAAUCGAUGGAAAUACAGAGAAUAUCCGAGAGGAAGAGGGAAUUAAUGGAGACGACGAUCUCGAAAAAGAUGGGAAGAAGGAGAAUAGGGAGGAUAGGAAGAAGCGCAAGAAGGAGGAGAAGGAGGCGAAAAAAGAAAGAAAAGAACAGAAGAAAAGAAAACGAGCUGAAAGCGUUGGUGAAGAGGUAGAACAGCCGAAGCCGAAGAAGAAAGCAAAGUCAGAUACAAAAGUGAAAGAGGAACCUCCCAAAGUAGAGAAGGCCGAAGAACCAAAACGGAUUAUACCCCGUCACCGAGCACAUCGUGCACGAGCCAUCGCAGCCAAAAACAUUUCAUCAAAAUCAGCGGUGCACAUAUCCGAAAUUCUAGGCAUCGCAUCCUCGUCCUCAUCCUCAUUUGCGACACCAAUGACUGCUGCCACGCCCUCUGGCACGUUGACACCUUUAGAUCAAGACGUCUUGGGCCUGGUGAAACUCACGACGUCAACGAAAAGUGUCUCCGAAUACUUCAAAGAGAGAUUACUGGUGAAGACCUCCGGAAAUUCUUCACCUUUGUCCUCAACAGUCACGCCCGAGACAAAUGCACGCGCAGCAGAUGAGAGCGAAAGCGAAGAUGCGCCACGAGCCGGCCUAGGUUCUUACCGUAACUUGACCGGGGAUAAUGGUGAUCUCGAUGAUACACCCCGUGGAGGCCUUGGAUCUACUCGGACAUUUACUUCUGCUGCAUCCACUUUCCAAUCAGGGAUGUCUAAAUUCGCAUCGAUGUUUACUUCGGCCUCUGUCAUUGCCAAAGAAGAGACCAUAGUACAAGUUGAUGUCAAAAGCGUGGAUAACAUUAGCAGAGACACUAACACGCGAGAAGAUCGCAAGAGAAGGCGGAAAGAAGCUCAGAAGAAAGAGAAGGAAAGCAGUAAUGGUGUAGCAGAAGUAGUUGGCGAGCCAGGAGCUGUAGAUGUUGAAGAUAAAGCAAGAAAGAUAGCCAAGGAUGAACGAAGACGGGAAAAGGCGGAGAAGAAGGAGAAGAAGCAGAGACACAAAGGUGAACUUGCGGAGACGAUUUAG